AUGUCUCAAGGUCCCAAAGUCAAUAAGAACUAUCUCUACCCGUGUGCAGCAGAUCAGCCGUCCCCCAGUUCAAAUCCGCUCAUGAACAAUACAUUUCCUGCCUCUUCUCCCAUCGUUAACGCUCCAGCUCGUCAGUACAACCAAGAUUUUCCCCAUCCACCCAUGAACCGUCAAUCCUCUAGCGCAUACCCGCACACACAUGUAGCAUAUUCUACCUCUGCUUAUAAUUCUACUGGGAAUGUUUCAGCCCCACAGUACAGCCAGAAUUUCCCCUACUCUUCUUCAAACUCGCGACGGUCCAGCAAAUACUCACCUAGUUUCGCAUCCUCUACCUUUGCAUCUAAUCCUGCUGGCAAUUCCUCAGUUGAAGACGUCCUUCCAGCAACAACUUAUUUCAGCUCUGCUCAGAAAACACACCACCGUGAAUCCGGUUCCUCAUCGAGACACUCCCAGGCCUCAUGCUUUUCAGACACAUGUUCUCAACCAUCCUUGCCCUCCACUCCUAGACCCUUUGACGAGCGACCUACUCAGAAAUGGCUCUCUCAAAUGCAGUGUGACAUUCCAGUCAGGUCGACAGCUCAAGACACAAAGCGUGACUCACGCGAGUCCCGUAACCGAGAAGUCUCAGGCAGAAGUGACGGCUCGACUUCGGGAUUGAGCCCCCCAGCACCAACAUCAGUGGGUAGCUCCUCUCUUAAUAAAGGACGGCCCCGAGAAAAUGGACUGUACGUAGUUGAUUAUCACAGACUGAAAAGAAGGCACCCCGUUUCUAGGGAAACUCGCAAAAAGGAAACAGCGGAAAGACAGGCAGUGGCAAGAUUGUCGGCGGGAAGACAGACAGCGAAGAGCCCAGCAGCCGACGGAGAGAGGGAAAAAAUAGAGACACCGGAGCCUUGGGAAGAAUGGCAGACUAAAGGGAAACAUGGAGGCUGGAUCUGA